ACAGAUGCAGCAUACAAAUAAAUACCUCGCCAGGGCGGGGGAAAUCCGUCUCUACCUCCGCCUGUCGAUCUCCCAAAUUUUAGCCACAGCGGCAGCAUACAGAUGCAACGCAGGGAGCAAGGAGCAGGGAAAACAGAAGACCUCCUCCAUCUGGAUUUUGAGGCUGCCAUUAAGCAAGUUGUUCAGUACUUUAAGCAGCUGAGCCCUGGUCCUCCUGAUGAUGAAGCCUUUUGGGAUAAAUAUGAUGAACCGCAGCUGUUCAAAGUUUAUCAGCGACUAGCCCUCUACCGUAUCAAAGAUCAGGAGUUGAAAUCGACGGGAAAGAAACUGGAUAUUGCUCAACUGAAGCGCGAGUACCGGCCGGCAAUUCUUCAGGCUGAGAGCUACUUUAGGCGCUACGAGAAGAAUCUCGAAUGGUGCUUUGAUCCUGAAUUAUGCCAGCGUGCUAGCUUGAACGAUUACCAGCGGCUAGUGAUUCAUGAUGAUGGUAGCUAUGCAGAUUGGGAUUACUACCGCUUAACUUAUCAUACCUAUGAGGGUGAUGCGGAAUAUGUCAGCUACUGCGAGGAGAUGUCAAAUGCAAUUAAGUGGAUAGAUGAAAAAGUGGGACUUGACAAGCAUCAGUGGGAGAGAUACAAGUCCAUUGCUUAUCUUCAAGCACUGAAGAUUGCGAUAGCGUACCAUAAUAUUUACAGAGAUGCAGUUAUGGGCGCCUUUAACAGCCUUCAGUUUGAUUAUGAUAAUCGCAACGACUUUUAUGCUGUCUAUCUGGAGAUUUGGAAAAGGGUUGCUAAGGAUAAGAUGGAAUUUGUUCCUGCUGUGAAGCAAAUAUACGAAGAAAACAUGUUUCCCCCUCGCAACUCUGAUAUCAAACUUGCAAUGGAAAAUCAUCCACUCAAGUUCAGAGCUUCAGUGAAAGAUAAUUAUAGCUAUGUGGCCUGCAUUGAUGAAAAGACUUCAGAAGACAAAGCUCGUCUCUUGAUCAUAGAGGCCGUUAAAAAAAUGUCUCCAAAGUGGAAAAAGAGCUAUUUGGAUUACGCCAGAAAGAAAAUGCAAAUCGCAGUACGCGUUGGUUUGUAGCCCAGAAGGAGCAAUUUUUAGUACUACACAAGACAGGGAAAUGGAAUUAAAGCUGUACCCAAUGAAGGUUGCCUUCGUGAGGUUAGAGGGAUAGCUGGAACUCAGUUCAGUCCGAUGGUUAACAACGCCUUCGUCCUAUGUUUCGAUUUGAGAAUUUCAGUUGACUCUAGACUGUUUAAUUUCAGUUGACUUCGCCCUAUCCUGGCACUCAACCCUGAGUCCCCGACAUGGCGACAAUGAUUCCUGGUUCUUUCCGGGGGAGAAGCCAAUAAACCUUACACUUGGAGUGAAUAUAUCUUAAUUCUAUGAAGUUCUUAAUCCAAAGAGGCAACCAUGUAUCUACCACAUCCAUCAAAAUAGUCAAUUGGCCCAUCUACAUCCGUCUUGUUCAUGCCAAAGCCGCAAAAAAAAGUUCCCCAUGAUUAAUUUCCAUAGACAACAACAUGUCACUUAUUCCUACCAAUCAAAACAACAAAAUUUAUGUUACAAAUCAGUCAUGUUGAUCAUUCAUUACAAGAAAUCGACCAAAUCGAAGAACCGACGGGAUUAGAGUUGGGAAUAAGAGAGAUUAUGGUUGUGAAUCGGAGGAUUUCAUACUGUACUGCCGUUGCGGCGCCUCGAGCAGUCGUUGCACUGGUUGCAUCUGCAUGCGUUCGAAGCUGCGCUUAUACCAGAGGGACCUGAGAUAAACCACUUAAAUAACAAUUAUGACUUAAACGUGUGUUUUGAAAGAUUAGAAACUAACUUGGCACCUUUGUGAAAGAAUUGGAACAUGUGAUGCAUUUUACUUAUUUGAUACGUCUUACGAGUAGUAUACUUUUGAUAUGUAGAUAUUAUUACACUCUAAACGGAUCUCAACAUACCUAUUAUGAUUAUUAUGAAUGAAUCUGGGUUGGACGUUAGCGUGUGAAUGGGAAUCAAUUAUAAGUGGAUCGAAGCAAUCGGUAUAAAUUAAAAUUGCAAUAGAAAAUAUUCCAAAAUAAAUAAAUUUAAGACGAAUUCACGAUUAAAUUGGUGAAAGUUGGACUAAACCCCAACAUCUAGCCUGGGGUGUUCUGUCAUGUGGGCCACAGUGGCAACUCGACUUCCCUUUUUCAAAUCUAAAUAGAAAAAAACGGUGGUUUCGGGAUGGGAUCGUUGUCGGGCUGCGGCGAGGACGGCCAGCCGUUGAGACGGAGAGGCUGCGAAGGUGGGGCGGCGAGGCUGAGGGUGGAGUACGAGGAAGAAGAUGAACGGGGCUGGACUGGCUAGCUUCUUCAGUUUCCGUUCAGCCAGGAGGACAUCCCUUCCCAGGCCGUGCGGCGGGAUCUGAGCAAAGGGGGGAAUGGGGAAGUGAGUAGCUCUGACUCCAACGAACCCGCGAGCAUGGCGCCGCCGCCGCCGGACCUCCUCGAAUCGCCGCAGCCGAUCCUGGACGAGAUCUCCGAGGAGAUCUUCCUCCGCCUGCCGCCCGACGACCCGUCCUGCCUCGUCCGCGCCGCCGCCGUCUGCAAGCGCUGGCGCCGCCUCGUCGCCCAUCCAAACUUCCUCCGCCGCCUCCACGAGCUCCACCAGGGACCACGCCCAUUGCUGGGCCUCUUCCUCAGCGACUACGUCAAGCGCUCCACUGGCAGGCUCGAUUACGUCCUCACCACCCGGUUCAUCCCCACCACCCCCUCCGCCUUCUCCCUCCCCAUUCCUGUACAGCCGCGGUUGGAAGGUUCUCAAUUACCGCCAUGGCCGUGUUCUCUUCAGCUCCCAGGUUACCGAGGAGGGCUAGGAUUUCCUCAUCUGGGAGCCAAUCACGGGUGACCGGCGGCUGGUGCCCGUGCCCGGGGCACCCAAGAGCAUGCUCAUGGAUGCGGUCGUGGUUUGCGCAGCAGAUGGCCGUGACUACCGCGAUUGCCAUGGGGGCCCCUUCCGCCUGGUCUUCCUCUACAUUGUCUCGAAUGUGAACUUGACGUAUGUGCGCCCGUACUCGUCGGAGUCUGGCUCUUGGGGCAAAGUGUAUGCGAUCAUCUAUGAGCCUGUCAAGCAGAAUUCCGGUGUCCUUGUGGGGCAGUCUCGGAUAUACUUCCUCUCGGCUUUCGACCGCAUACUGGAGUAUGACUGGACCCGUCAGCCUUGCCUAUCGGUGAUCGACCUACCAGACACGAUAGCUGCAUUCAAGGGGAACAUCAGCCUUGUGCUGACGAGGGAGCGUGAACUGGGAGUUACUGGAGUCAAGGAGGCGUGUCUCUACCUGUGGUCAAGGGAGGCGAGUGACAAGGGUGAGUUUCAGAGCACUAGCAGGAUCAUCGAAUUGCACAAUAUGCUCCCAGCUGCUGCUCUCUCAGCCUCGCAAAGGGUAAAUGUGUUGGGCUUUGCCGAAGAUGCAAAUGUCAUUUUCCUGAACACAAUUGCUGGUGUAUUUGCAAUUGACCUCGAGCCAGAGCGGGCGAGGAAGAUGUGUGAGACUAGCAAGUCUUGUUGACCUUUGAUUCCAUUCAGCAGCUCCUUCAUUCCAGGUAGACGAGUUGUUGUUGAUGCGGCAGGAGGGGGUAGGACAUCGUAGCUUGUUGCACCGAAGUUACUUUUGAAGACAGAGCAGAGAAACGCACGUCGUGACGAAAGUACAAUGUUUGCGAGGUCUAAUGUGUUUACUGCUUGAAGUCAUUAGUUUGUACUCUUUGACACUCCAUAUGUGUGCUAAAUGUUCUGGAUGCUGUUACCCCUGGCUGUUGUCAUGACGGAUGCUAGAUUUUCACAAUGUGAGUCCCAACUCAAACAAUUAUGUUUUCUACAUGAAUCCGAUGAUUGUGAUCUUA